UGUGCAUGAACUUAUCUAUAUAAGUAGAAAUAUAGACUAUUAUAGAACGAUUAUUUUGUUAAUAUAAUAAUAACUAAUGAAUGUUUUGUUUUGUUUUUAAUUGGUCAUAAAAUAAUAAGCAUUACAAUUAUAAUAAGAGUUUGUGAUCUAAUCUAAUUGCCAUAUAAAAUGUUUUCAAUGUUAAAUUAAAAUUGCUUUUGUUUAUCAUAAUUAUGUAUUAUAAAACUAAUAUCCAGGUUGACCUGGUCAAGCACUUAACUUGACUGAAUUGACAGGGUUAUCUAUAGUCCUAUUUACAUAGAUCCACAAUGUUAUCUUCAAAGCAUGGAAAUAUUUAUAGACCAUAGCUUUACUUAAAAGGGAUGCCUGCAUAUCUGCUAAAAUUUCUUCAUCCUAAUCUUUUGCUAACAUUAUCGAGUCUAAAGAGUAUGUUUGGUUAUAAAAAUUCAAUUAUUAGCCUUCUAGAAUUCAAGUGACAGCAGAUCUAUAUUCCUUUAAAGGACGAAUUGCAUUUCUCUGUUAUAAUGUGUUGCUUUUUUUUUGUUUUAACAUUUAGGACAAAUAUUAAAUUAAAAUAAAUUGGUAACAAUGGCAUUUAUUUGUGAUCGAGGAACUUUUAACUACAAAGAAUUCAACACUCGUCCAAGAAGAAGCAUUCCAGCAUUAGAAAAUGUACAAAAUUAUGGGAAUGUAACUGGUUGGAACCCAUGGAUUCGAGGUGGCCAGUCACCCUCUGCAGUUCCAAUAAAUGAAUGUACCAAGGAUAUUUAUGAAAUGGUUUUGAAACAAAGGCUUCAUAUACAAAAUCCUGAUCGCUUAUUAACUGAAAGUAAUUCUGGGUCAGCCAAUGAUGAAGAAUUUCUCCAGUCACAUGUAGACAUGCCUCCCAAGUUACCCAACUGGAUUUGGUCUACUUUAGUGGCUGUCUUGGGUAUAAAAACAUCAAAGCAACAUUGCCUUUGUUUGGCAAAAGGCCUCCGCAUUUUAACUUUAUUGGCUGCUGCUACUUUUGGGAUCAGUGGUCUAGUUUUCAAUGUAUUUGACUCACUAAGUUCCUUCUAUAAAACAAGUGUCCUUGUGACUAUUGCCAAGUCUAUCAUUGGUUUGUACUGGAUUGGCAUUGGUAUUUAUGCUAAUGCAUUAGCAGAAAGACUCUUUAGCAAUAAGAGAAUGAUAGACUGCAUAAGACUACAUUCCAAAACAUUUCUUAAGAUCAGCAUGAGUUUGAUUGUGGUAGUUUUGUCUGUCACUGUUGUGUCAACCAACUUGUACACCAACACUUACCUACUAGAUGAGGAACAUCUGGGGAAUCAAACAAACCCAAUGGAUAGCAAUUGUGCUAGUCUUAGCAGAAGUAUGCCUUUGUGCCAGAUAUACUUUGCAUCAAAGGUAGUCUAUUCAUUUCUGUGUUUGACAUGGAAUUUGCUUGUUGCUUGUAUUUCUCUGUCGGUUUGCAGAACUCACACAAUAAGCAUUCGGCGCUUUAUGAAAGAACUGAUGUAUGAUACAAAAAUAUUUGAGGAGUUUUGCAAGAUUCAGGCAUUAGAGGAGCAACAACUGCAGAGUCAAAGAGAUCAAUCUUUCAUUCCAGAAGACCAAAGUCAAAAUUUUCAUGAAUAUGAUGUAUGGCAUGAUGACAUCGCCCAUUUGGACAAUGGAAGUCAUAUUGAGCCACCUCAAAAUGCUAAACUUCUGCGAACUCUGAGAGUUGUGAGACAAAACACAAGAUCCCAGCUUUUCAAUGAAACAUUGACCAGAGUUCCAGAAAGUCCAAGAGAAAAUGUGCCUGACAGAAGCAGAAAUAAUUCAAGUACUAAAUGGACUCUGGCUGGGAGUCCUUCAACAGAUGAAGAUGAAGCAACACCAGCUCAGAGAAAUAAAGCAUAUAGUAGUAAACCAGAUCUUGGCAGAUUUGGGAAUGGUCAAUCUUGCAAGCCAUCUGCACAGGAGCUGUCUAAUACAGAUUUUGAAUCCCCUGAACCACAGUUCUCAGAAACUAAAUUAUGUUUUAGUGGACAGAGGCCACCCAUAAUGAGAAAUGAAGAUCUGAUGUUUACCUAUUUUCAGUUACUGCGUCGAUUGUCAUCUACAUCUCGUCUCAUGCAGAGAUGGGUCUCUAACUGGAUUACUUUCAUCAUGUUCUGGUGUGCCCUUCUCAUUGUCUACUGGACCACUCAUACCCCUGAGAUAUCUGGCAUUGUCCAGUUUCUCACCCCCAUCAUAGCACUUGGAUUAAUCACCUCAGCGUAUGCAGAAGUAAACUUUGAAGGAGAAAGACUUUUAAAGUGUGUAUUGCCAACAGAAGAGAGAAUGCCAGUCCUGUAUUACAUCCAAAAUACUAAACUUGAGCUUAAGAUCUUUAGUUUCACAAUGACUUACAAUACUAUCGUUACUGUGGUGGCAGGUAUUGCUGUGACGUUUGCUUCGCAGAUUAUUUUGGAUAAAUUCUUCAAAUGAUCUCUACAUUUAUGCUUCAAUCAGCAACAUGUGCAUAUUUCAAUACAGGAGACAUUUGCAAUUCCAUUUGUAGAAAUGUAUUUUUCCAAAUUAUGUAAAAUGAAUGGAGAGUUUUGUUUUAAUAAAAUUUUCCUGAACUAAAAAAUUAUCUGGGAAAAGACAUACUAUCACUGUGUUCAUUUUAUAUUAUGAUUAUCUGAAAAAAAAAAUAUUUUGUUGGUUUUUAUUGACAUUUCUUUAUCUCUAGUCAAACAGAAUUGUUAUAAUAUUCCACAAGACUAUAUGUGUAUAUAAAUAUUUUAUGCUGAAAAUUUGAGUUAUUGCUUGAAAGAUAUUUUAUUUCUUGUUCAUGUGCAUAUUGUUGAAUUAUGAAAACAAAUAUUUUCAGUGGUAUUUUACUGUUAAUUCUGUUAAAAUUUGUUCUUAAAGCAUAAACUAAGCAAAACAGUUUACACUAAAUAUUUGUUUUGCUUGUAGGCAAGUACAUUUGUUUUCAAAAACUUCAUUUAAGAUUUCUUAUAUUAAUGCAUGACAAUUAAUGUAUUUAUCAACUUCUUUUAUUUGAUCUUCUCUUUGUUUUUAAUAUUUAGUAUUUAGUCAUUAAUUUCAGACCAGUGCUACAACUGUUGCAUCCAACCUAAAUUUUAAAAAAGUAUGUCUUUUUUCUAAUACAUUGAAUGUCACAAAAUAGUUUCUUUAAUUAUUUUUUGAGGGUAGGGGGCGGAAUGAUAAUUUUUAUGUACAGCCUUUUUUUUGUGUAUAUUAUUGCUGCCUGUCAGGAAACUGAUGUUUUGUUAUAAACCUUAGACCUAUCUUGAAUACAAGUAUUCAGCUGCAUUAGUGCACUCCAUUCAAAUGAAGGUAUUUUUGUGUUUUGAUUAUCUUUAAACAAAUUAAAGAAUUAUGUUUUUUCUACAUUAGAUUACAUUCUAACCAUAGCUGAACACAAAAUUAGCUUAUUUAUAGCACACAAAUAUUUUUUAUUUAAUUGGAAAAUUGACUAUGCUGACAUUGUACCUGGAAUGCACUAUGUUUAUUUAUAUUUACUGAUUAUUGACUGUGAUUAAAGAAUUUUAUGCAUUUUUUUUUUAAUUGUUAACAUGAAUAGAAUCUUUAGAUCAACAUUUCCAGACAGAAAGAUUUGUAUAUUUACAUAUUUAUAUAGUAGUUUUAUUUGUUAAUAAAAAAAAAUGUUCAAGUCA